AUGGCCAAGCAAAAGUCUAAAAACUCUGUCAUUAAGCUGAUUUCCACCGCCGCUACCGGCUUUGCCCGUCAGAUCACCAUAUCCAGAGGUGCACCUCUGGUAACGCAAGUGAGAUACGAUCCAGUCGCCAAGCGACAUGUCCUUUUCAAAGAGUCCAAAAAGAGAAAAGUCGCUGAGCGGAAACCAUUGGAUUUCUUGAGAACAAGCAGAUAA